AUGACGCAUCAUGGAAACAAAGUGAAAAAUCAGCUGGCAGGAAAAGCGAUACAAGCAGCAAAAGCAGCAGAGGCAGCACUUGCUGCGAAGCAAGCAAUGGUAGAGCAACUCGAGCAAGAGACAAAGGAGGCAGAGACUGUAGUCCAGGAAGAAAGUUCAUCACUCCAACGUACUCAAGAAAACGCGAAUUCUGCUAUGCAAGCGGCACGACAGGCUCAAGAACAGAUCAAAACGUUAGCACAAGCAAUACAAAUAGCAAAUGUGAACAUGGGAAGUGCACGAACAACCGCUGAAGGUGCAAAGAGGGAUUUUGAGGAAAAGCAAGAGCUUUUAGAGGCAUCGAAACGAAGGGUGGAAGAACUAGUGAAGCGUUUGGAAUUAGCCAAGGUCGAACUGGCGGAGACGAAGCAAGCUGCCGACAAGGCCACCGAGGCAGCACGUCAGGCUAAGAUUAAUACAGAUAGAAACAGACGUGGAAAGAACUUCUUUCAAGAUAUUUAAGAACUUUAAUUAAGAUUAAUCUUAAUGAUGAUAGGAGUCUAUACUUCCUAAUUAAUCUUUUCCUUCUUAUUAUUUAUGAAUUAUUCACAUCGUGAUACAUUUAGAAAGUAUGUUCCUUUUUUAUAUUUUGUAAAUAGAUAAGUGUAACUUUGUCUUGUUGAAUUUUUUAUGUGUCUAACAGAAAAUAUAAUGUUUAUCUAAUCUUACAGAUAAAAAAAACUCAGGAAAAUAAAAUAUUAUAAUUAAUAAGAGUCACGAUACUCAAGAUACUGAAUCAAAGAUCAAGUUUCAUGAAAUAAAACUAAACCUAAGAAAGAGAUACGAUUAACUUAUCUCCACCGUUCUAUAAUUUAGAUAAAUAUUCUAUAUUAAUAAAGAUUAUCCGAAAUAACGUCGAAUUAUUUCUCUACUAUCUGUUUAUGUUGCUUAAUAUUCUUAUUUUUUUCUUUUGGUAUUGUAAUGUGUUGUAGCAAUUGUGUAUUUCAAAACGCUA